UUAUAUCCACUGUCUUCCGAAUUUCACUACAAUACGUCAAAACCUCUUCGAAUCUACUGAUGAAAAUCCUGAAUCCCUGAUUUACUGGGAAAAUGAACCCUCUUCAAGGAUUAUCGCCAGAUACGAAAUAAACUCCCCUUUUUUCCCUUUUGUGAUUUUGAUUCAGCUUUUCUUUUAUCUGUUUCAUCAAUAUUUAACUUUUCUCUUCACUAUCUUGCAAGUUUGUUUGACAUAGUCAAUAUCAGUUAAAAGGAAAACGAAAAUGUUGAAUAUCUUAUAAUUACUCGAGUACCAAAAUUAGCCCAGAGAGUUUGGUAUUAUCCAUUUUAUUGAUUCAUUCUUUUGAUUAUAACAAUUUGUAUUUUAUGUUCUGUUUUCUGACGUUUGCGUUGUGCUGUUAUUUAGUUUGUUGCAAUCAGUUCCAGUCAUGUUAAAUUCAUUAUUGCUAUUUGAUUCUUUGUUUUAUUGGAGAUUCUAGUCAAAUUUGUUCCAGAAAAUGCCAGUAACCUUAGAUAUGAUCCAACUAGUUAAAUGGUUGGUAAAAGCAUAUAUGGCAGAGUAUUUAAUUCUUGAUUUUCUAUGGUCGUUUUAUGUUAAUAUCCAAAUCCUUGAAUCCAUAUGCAACCUUAGAUAUGAUCCAACUUCCUCGUGGUUUAAUUAUUUGGUGUAGGUUAUGAAAAUGAAAUGGAUAAUACCAUUUAGUUAUAUUUUACUAUUAGUUGCAGCAAGUUUGAAUCGAAUAAGAAAAAAAGUCUGUACGAAUUAGGUAUGAGCAUCAACUCAUGUAGCAUCUGUCCCAAAGUGAAACAAUGAUGAAACAUAGAAGUUGUUGAAAAGUAUACAACUCUCAUUCAUUUUCACAAAAUAUAACUACAUAAGUAAUAGUAUUAGUACAUUUUAACUAUGUGUCCAUAUGUGUAUUCACUUUGGUAACAGUGAGGACACAAAGAGGUCUUCGUUGUUUAGUGCAGAAAUGGUGAUUAUGGGGUUAUUAGUAGAGGUUCACAACUUCACAUGCAUGAUGCAUCAAGCUUGGGAUAUAGAUAGAUGGAUAUCAAGGAUAUUAGGAAAUUCCAACUUUAAUCAGAUUGCACGAGUAUGCUACGGAAGAAAACCAUAGGUCGAAUGAGGUUGAUACUACAUAACAUGUACAAGGUUGCUAAUUUUAAAAGUAAAGAGAAUUAUAGUAGAUUCUAUGAAAAAGGAGAUUCUAGUUGCACAGAAUACAAGUGGAAUGGUCAGUGUCAUCGGAGGAGACCGUCUUACAAAAUGCUAUCGAAGAUGUCUCUACCGACUUCUAGAGGAGCCGGGAAAGACAAGAUGUUAGGCAACAUAAUUAUUAGAGAAAUAAAUAUUUUGCAAUAUUAAAAUAAUCAAAAUGGGCUAGAAAUAUGUGUAACUAGAACAAUCUAGCUCAUGUUAACCGACUUAGCAUAGAUUACUCUAGAAUAGGUAAUUAGAUACCAGAAUAUGUCGGUUUUUUUUGUGCGCUCGCUAACGUUGAAUUCCUAUAAAUAGGCAUUAGGCUUAUUUAUAGCAAUGCAAGAGAAAGUGAUGAACUGAAAAUAAGUGAGUGUGAGGUGUGUUCUCCUUGAGCUAGUGGUGUGUCCUCGGGUAUCUAGUGAGGUGUGUCAUCCAAGAGUGUGUUUUGGGUUGUUUCCUCAAAAGUUUUGUAAUGUGGUCUUGUGUUGGUGUUGUGUAAAUCAUCAUGUCAUGUAUUUGGUGUUUCGUACACCAUUAUUGAGUAGUAUAAUAAAUUUCCUUUUGUGUAAUCGAUUUUGUACUACCAUUGAUACCCUACAAGUGCAUGUUAUCUUUGGUAGUUAUUGUGCAUUCUAAGUGGUAAUCUAACUAUUAUCAGAGAUAGUCACAUUUUUAAUGUCGAAUUUCAUAGUGGAAGAUACAAUAUUUUUUAAAACUGAUGCAGUUACAGAAGAUAAGUCUUGGAGGCUAAGAAAAGUAUAUAUUUGGUUUUAUUUAUUUCCUAGUUAAUAGAAUUAGGAGAUAGAAAAAAUAUUAGUUAUUUUUGCUUAUUAUCUUUGUAGUUAUUUUCUUUCCAUAAGUUUAGGAUUUUUUAGUUAUUUUCUUUCCAUAAGUUUAGGAUUUCCUUUGUCUAUAUAAAGGCAUCAUUGUUGAUCUUAAAAGACAGACUUUGAAUAUAUAAUUUUGCAUUGAGUUUUUAUACUCCAAAGUUCUCAAUUAGUUUGAGUUCUUUAUUACCAGUUCAGACAUUCUCAUAUUUCUCCGUUCAUUUUGCAUCAAUUGGUAUCACGAUCCAGGUUUAUUAUCAAUGGCUGAACGUAGAUAUGGCAGCAGACGUGGCGAUGCUCGUGGUAGCGGUCGUGGUGGGGGACUUGGUGAUCUCCCAAACGAAGAGGCUGCGCGACAGCGUGAUCUGCACGACAUCGAGAACGAUGAUCUGAGACAACAGGUUCGAGACCUCCAACGCGACAUCGAGAACGGUGAUCUGCGACAACAGAUUCGAGACCUACAGCGACGAUUGGCGCGAUUGGAGAAGCGUCGGGGAAAAUCCAACCCGAUGAGAUCUAAUGCGUCAGAGCGUCGUUCUGUGGACGAUCCGUUAUUCAACGACGUCCAACGUGGCCAGUCUAAGCCUGUAUACGACAAGGAUAUAUUGUCGAUGCCGGUGUAUGACAAGUCCAUAUACGACGAGGAUAUAUUGUCGAUGCCGGUGGUGUAUGAUACACCUGUAUACGAUGAGGAUAUAUUCUAUGAGCUCUCCGGAUUGAUCAGCGGAUCGCCACCUCUUUCCGUAAUAUUUGGCAACGCUGUCGAAGAUGAGGGCGUUGUCGUCGAUGACGAUGAGGAGUACGACGAGGACAUCUUCAAUAAUGGAGCAGCUGAUGAAGAUAAUACAGCAUCAGUGGUCUUGAUUGAAGACAUUAUGGAAAAACUUGUGAAGGAAACUUUUGUAUCUAAAGCUGCAGGAGAUAGUUAUGUCAUUAAUACAAAAAAGAAUUUUGACUAUGAGUUUGAUGCUGUAAAAGAAGAAGUCGAUUUGCAAGUGGGUUUUGGUAUUUUGGAUCAGGAUCCUGUUAAAGAAUUUGGUUUUGUGGGGCACGAGUUUGAUGGAUAUUCGAAAAGGAUGAUGCACGAUAUCCAGAAUUGGAAUUGGUUUGUUAAGGAGGAAGUGCGAGAUGGAGAAGAUGAUGAUGAUCGUGACAAAGCAGACUCGAGGAUAGACUCGAGGACGAGUCUUUUUCAAGAAGGGGAGUAUGAUGCAGUUACAGAAGAUAAGUCUUGGAGGCUAAGAAAAUGGUCAAUCAUUGAGGGCGACGCGUGGGGCUACACACAUCGUUCCGAGGCGUUCAUUACCAAAGACGAUAAAGACGAUCAUGAUUCCACGCCUGAAGGAGAGAAUCCAUGGGAUGAUCAAAUUCAAGGGGAGCGAGUGACGGAUGUUAAAGAAGCGAAUCACCGAGUUGCUCACACCGUAGAUGAGGAAUCGGGUGGUAUAUACUUAAAUUAA